AUGUACUGGCCGCUCGAGUCGACGGCCACCAAAUCUCGGCGAGUCUUCUACAACGCUCUGAAGGCGGCCGCAUUGCUCUGCACGAUCGCGGUGUUUCUGCCGUUGUCUUACGCCGUUUACGUGAAUCUGCUGCGGGACGACCCCGUCAAUUUCACGAAAGCGGCCACCAUGACGCUGGCCUGCGUUCACGUCGUCGGCCAGGCAGCUGUCAGCUUCUUUCAGCACGAUCAAUUACAGCGUCUGAUCGAGGAAAUGGUAGCGUACUUCCAAAACCUGAAGCCGUACGAGAAGGAGAUAUACCAGCGAUACAUCGACGAUUAUUGUCCGUUCUACGCGGUGUCCAGCAUUUGGAACGCUUUGGCGGCGUUCUUCGUGAUCGUCGGGGCAUUGUUCACCGCGCAACCGUUCCCGAUGAUGGCGGAAUACCCGUUUCCCGUCGAUUACGAGCCCGUUAAAUCCGUGAUCUACCUGCAACACUCUUACGUCGCUGUACAAUGCGUGAGCACUCUGAGCUCGAACAUGAUCGCCGCGCUGCUGAUUUUGUUCGCGACCGGCAGAUUCGAGAUCUUGAUGGUGGAUCUUCGCGCCGCCGUCACCGUCGAUCGCUUGAAGAGAUGUAUGGAACAGUGCCAGCUCGCCAGAAAAUACGCGGAAGACGUGAUCGAAGCUAACCUAUCCGCCCACGGAUCACUGCGAUACCGGAGAAAAUGCUUUUUCUGUCUCGAACAGCGGCAACCAAUCAUGGUAAAAAUUCAAUCCAUUUUUCUGGCCGGGUCAGCGCUGAUUGAGGUUUACAUGUGCGCCUGGCCAGCCGACGCUCUAAUGGAAGUGGUGAGUCACUGUAGGCAAUCGGAGAGGGCGGGUGAUACUACAAUUUUGCGAAGCAAAUCCGUAGCUAUUGGUAGUCUUGUAAUUAAUCGAUUGAAUCCCGUUGACAAUCAGAGCGAGACCGCCGCCGAAAGCGUGUACAGGGCGAGCUGGUAUAAUCAAGAUUUAAAGGUGCAAAAAACCGUGUUGCUAAUGUUGGUACCGCAAAAGCCCAUAGUGAUUAGCUUGAGAUUCGUGAUGGUAGCACUUUCCUUGAACUACUAUUGCUCGGUAGGAUUUUAUUCGAUAUUCUCUCACACACACAAACACACACAGACACUAUGUCUCGAACGCGUUCUCCUUGUUCACUGCGCUGCGAGUUGUGUUGAACGAGGAAGUCCAUACGGUACCGUCGUCAACGAACACCACGUGCUGCAUCAACUGAGCACGUAA